AUGAAUCCCACCGCCCAAUACAUCAUCACCCACAGUUUCUGGCGCCAUCACUACGAUGUCAGCACGCCAAAUAAAACACACUUGUUUCAUGUGGCCAACUCCAGCUUGACCCCCGGAAAGCCGGAUCUUACUUUCCACGCGAGCGCCGACAACAACGGGCCUAUCGCGGGUGUGUGCAAGUUCCGCCAUUUCUCCUCGGACUCAGAGAUCGGCCUGGGCAACCCGUCUUCGCCAGGUCGAAUGGAGUGGGAGUGCCUCCACAAGCAAGGAUUUACGAAACGCCAAUACUGGUUCCGCAUGCACCUCGACCACGGCAAGAAGCAGACUUUCACCUGGAAACGAACCCACUCGCUUGGCAGUGGCUAUGAAAACUAUAAACUGGUCGAGGAGGGGAGUAACAACGUCGUCGCGGUCUUCUCGUCCGGCAGCGUCUUUUCCAAAACGACUGGGUCCCUGGAGAUUUACUGGAACUUGGGCCAGAGGUUCUAUCUGAUGACGCUCAUGUCAGGGCUCACGGUAGUGGAGCGAGCCAGAAGAGCAAAGGCCUCGGCUGCAAGCACCGGGGGAGCAGCGGGCGGGGCUGCCGCCGGGGGAGGGGGUUGUUGA